AUGGCUAAAAGUAAACGAAGUAAACAUAUGCGUGCAAUGCGUAAACUUCUUCGAGACAAACUAUCGAAGAAGGAUGAAGCAAAACGAUUGGCAUCAAUGAAGAAGGAUACAUUCAUACCGGCAAAGAAUGACUCAUUAGAUGAUGAUAAAGAGAUGCAAAUUAGUACAAAUACAACAACGGAAUACAAUGUUCGUACAUUAAAAAAUAAAGAUGGUCAAUUUCCAUCAUGGUUAAGUGGUCGUCAACGAAAACGUUUACAAGCUAAACAAGCCGUAGUAAAACGAAUUGCAAAAAACAAAAAAUCGAAAACACCAGGAAAAAAACAAAAAAAGAAAAUUACUUUAAAUACAUCAGACGCUAUGUUAACAUAA